CUGGCCACUCACUUACGGAUAUCGAAGAGGCCGAGCGACUGACAGGCGGUUAAUUGAAGCCAAAAUUACCACAUACACGCAGUUAUCGUAAAGGCGUUGCCACGCUCGAUCACAAAACUGCAUGUGUGUGGCGUCUCAACUGCAGUUCAAUAACUUAACUACUCAAAUAACGGCCUUCAGUCCUGGCCUGCAUGCCAUGGCCUCUUCGAUAUCCGUAAGUGAGUGGCCAGCAAUAUAGUUUACUUGCUCCAUUAGAGUUUGAACAAGUAAUUUAAAUAAAUAAUUUAUUUAAAUUUUACAAUGGCCGAAAGUGAUACAAAAGAUACAAUUAUCCGAAAAGCUGAAGUAAGAGACAUGGUGCAAGUAUUCCAAAUGAUAAAGGAACUUGCAGAAUAUGAAAAAGUUCACAAAUUAAGAAUUGAUCAAAAAACAUUGGAAAAAGAUUACGCAGAAAACUCUCCAGCCUUUCAGUGUCUAGUUGCAGAAACGUCUGAUGGUCAAUUGAUCGGAUAUGCUGUAUAUUCUGAUAUGUAUUCCACUUGGGACGGCAAAUCAGUGUAUUUAGAGGGAUUGUAUGUGAAACCAGAUUACAGGGGUGGUACUAUUGAGAAAAACCUAUUCCUAACAGUACUGAAAAAUGGUCAUGCUAGCGGUUGUAAACGUUCAUUUUUUCACGUUCUGAACUGGAAUCCAAUGAUCAAAGUAUACCAAGAGCUAGGAGCUACUAAUGUUACUCAAAUGGAUAUGUUCAAUGUUUUUAGAAUGGAAACGGAAGCUUUGGAUAAACUGUUCGCCUAAAUUAGUAAAUAUAGUGUUACAGAGC